CUUCCACUUUGGGAAGCGAAGUCUCCUCACCGCCUAGGCGGUGCGCAGCCCGCCGUGAGGACGCGCUACAGCGAGCGCUCUGGGACUAAAAGGCGCGGGGCCGCGGACGACCCCUCAGACCUUUCGCCCCGCCCCCUGGGCCGGAAGGACGUGAGGCACUUCCGGUGUCCGGGUUGCCGCGGCGAUGUCGUGGGUGGCUGCGGCUCCCGCGGUGCGGAGCCCUGGAGAGCCGGGGGACGUGUUUGACGAGGAGGCGGACGAAGUGCUGCUGGCGCGGCGGGAGUGGCGGAGUCACAUGCGGAGACGAGUGCAAGAAGGUUACAGAGAUGGGGUGGAUGCUGGCAAGGCAGCUGCUCUUCAGCAGGGCUUCAAUCAAGGCUUUAAGGAAGGCGCGGGCGUCGUUUUGAACUAUGGACUACUCAGAGGAACACUAAGUGCCUUGCUCUCCUGGUGUCACCUUCAUGGUGAUAAUUCGACAUUGAUCAGUGCAAUAUACGAUCUUCUGAACGCACUUGGCCAGUGUGAAGAGUAUGUGCUCACACAUCUGAAAUCAGUCACUCCACAGCCCCAGGUUGGAGAUUUACUGGACUCCUUUGAGGACAUGGGUCUUUGUCAUGCGGUUCCAGCUGAGGAAAAGGUUGAUCAAGCCCAAGAUGAACGACUCUGUGGAACUAAUGCUGACUUAAACAAAAACUGUGGCAAGAGCACCCCAGGAACAGAUGGCCCACAAGCCCAUGCACAUUUGGAAAAACCUAGCAUCACAUGGAUUUUAGAACAGACGACCAAUUUAGUUAAACAGCUAGGAGUAUCAGCAGAUGUGUUACAGCACCUCAGACAACUAUAAAAAUGGUCACCUAUUUGCUAAUGGAAGCAGGGUCCACAGAGAGCACUUUGUUUGUGGAUAAUACUUCAUUGUGCACUUCUCCUAUGACCAUCUCUCCUGAAAGUGUGAAAUAUCUGCAGCAUCUGCACUAUUAAACGUAACACAAGCCUG